GACCAAUCAAUCUGGUCGGUGUUUAUAAAAGGCUCCCUCUCCCACAGCCAGAAGCUCUGGAUGAACCUCAACCCUGCUGAGCUCAAGCCCCAGCCUCCACAGUCCGUAAAAAUGGCCUCAUCCCAGGCUGUUUAUUCCUCAGCCACCGAGCUCCUCCUGGCCUCUGCCAUCUUCUGCCUGGUAUGCUGGGGGAUUAGAACCUGGAAGGCACAGGUCCCUAAAGGCCUGAAGAGUCCCCCAGGGCCCUGGGGCUGGCCCCUGAUCGGACACAUGCUGACCCUGGGGAAGAACCCGCACCUGGCGCUGGCGCGGCUGAGCCAGCAGUAUGGGGACGUGCUGCAGGUGCGCAUUGGCAGCACACCUGUGCUGGUGCUUAGCGGCCUGGACACCAUCCGGCAGGCCUUGGUGCGGCAGGGGGAUGACUUCAAGGGCCGACCUGACCUCUACAGCUUCAGCCUGGUCACUGAUGGUCAGAGCAUGACCUUCAACACUGACUCUGGACCAGUGUGGGCUGCCCGCCGGCGCCUGGCCCAGAAUGCCCUCAACACGUUCUCCAUGGCCUCAGACCCAGCCUCUGCGUCCUCCUGCUACCUGGAGGAGCACGUGAGCAAGGAGGUAGAGGUCCUCCUUAGCAGGUUUCAGGAGCUGAUGGCGGGGGGCCGGUGCUUCGAACCCUACAACCAGGUGGUGUCGUCGGUGGCCAAAGUCAUCGGGGCCAUGUGCUUUGGACAGCACUUCCCGGAGAGCAGCCAGGAGCUGCUGAGCCUGUUGGAGAACAGCCAUGAGUUUGUGGAGAGCGCCACUUCUGGAAACCCCGUGGACUUCUUCCCCGUCCUGCGAUACCUGCCCAACCCGGCUCUGCAGAGGUUCAAGUCCUUCAACCAGAGGUUCCUCAGGUUUCUAAAGAAGACGAUCCAGGAACACUAUCAGGACUUUGACCAGAACAGUGUCCAGGACAUCACAGGGGCCCUGUUCAAGCACAGUGAGAAGCAGCACUCCAGAGGCGCCAGUGACCGAAUCCCCCAGGAAAAGAUCAUCAAUCUCGUCAACGACAUCUUUGGGGCCGGAUUUGACACCGUCACCACAGCCAUCUCCUGGAGCUUCUUGUACCUGGUGACCAAGCCUGAGAUCCAGAAGAAGAUCCAGAAAGAACUGGAUGCCGUGAUUGGCCAGACUAGGAAGCCUCGGCUCUCUGACCGACCCCAACUGCCUUACACAGAGGCCUUCAUCCUCGAACUCUUUCGACACACCACCUUCGUCCCCUUCACGAUUCCCCACAGUACCACAAAGGACACCACGCUGAACGGCUUCUACAUCCCCAAGGAGCGCUGUGUCUUUGUGAACCAGUGGCAGGUCAACCACGACCCGAAGGUCUGGGGAGACCCCUCGGAGUUCCGGCCCGAGCGAUUCCUCACUGCCGACGGCAGCACCAUCGACAAGAACAUGAGCGAGAAGGUCCUGCUCUUCGGCAUGGGCAAGCGCCGGUGCAUCGGCGAGGUCCUGGCCAAGUGGGAGAUCUUCCUCUUCCUCGCCACCCUGCUGCAGCGCAUGGAGUUCAGCGUGCCACCAGGCGUCACAGUGGACCUGACCCCCAUCUUCGGGCUGACCAUGAAGCCCCAGCGUGGCCAGCAAGUGCAGGCCCGGUUGCGCGUCUCCGUCCAGUGACAGAGCCCGGCCUCCCCCACCGUGCGGCCGCAGGCGCAUGUGGGCACUCGUGGGACUCUCGCUUCUGUUCCUUAAACAUCGAAACACCCGAUUCCGUUCUUGAACUGUCAUUUCACCUGUUACUUUGUAGAUCCACGAGACUGUUCUGUAUCAUCACAAUAAAUCUAGAGACUCCGCACCCAA